AUGGGGUUCUCGUUUUUGAAGUCGAAGGCAACUGUCCUCGAUCAGGAUGAACGGUCUGAUAACGCCAGUAUCAUCGACAAUGGCAGUUUGCAUUAUACUGCGGAGGGAGGGCUUAAUUCGAAUGAGAUCACGUAUCAGGAGGCUAGCGGGGCGCCGAUCGAAGUGGAUUCGCCGUUGGGGUAUUCAGUGGGCUAUGUGACUGUUAUCUUUCUGAAUCUGAGUAAAAUGAUCGGGACGGGUGUUUUUACGACGCGUGAGUGGCCCUUUCUUCCUCUUCCUUCUCUGCUGGGGAUAUUGCGGAUGCAGAAGCAGACGGCUAACCGUGCGUGCGAGUGUAUAGCAUCCUCCGUUCUCAGCGGUGCCGGUUCCGUGGGCCUGGCUCUCUUCUACUGGGUGAUCGGAUACCUAGUCGCCUACGGCAUGCUAGCUGUGUAUCUCGAAUUCGUGUCUUAUUUCCCUAGUCGAUCCGGCUCCGAGGUCGUGUAUCUGGAACAGUCGUACCCGCGACCGAAGUAUUUCUUUCCGACGGUGUUUGCGAUGCAGACGGUGCUGUUCUCGUUUAGUAGCAGUAAUGCUGUUGUGCUGGCGCAGUAUUUGUUCAAGUUGGCUGAGUCGGAGCCGACCGAUUGGCAGCUGAAAGGCGUCGCUGUGGCGUCUUAUAGUGUUGCGUUUCUAGCGUUGGCGUUCAACACGAAAUGGUCUCUUCAUCUGGCCAACGCAAUCGGCGUUGUCAAGCUUAUCACUUUGGUUUUCAUCGGUAUCAGCGGUCUCGUCGUUCUCGGUGGCAAUGUAUCCUCCAUCCCGGAUCCUAAAGUCAACUUUCGGAACGCGUUCGAAGGCACCUCGGAUGCGUCGGUCUACGGCGCGACCAACGCCCUGGUCAAGGUGAUGUUCUCGUACAUGGGGUAUGAGAACGCGUUCAACGUGGUCAACGAGGUCAAAGACCCUGUCAGAACCCUCAAAUGGAGCGCUCCUCUCUCACUGACCCUCACGGCCACUCUAUACAUCCUCGCCAACAUCGCGUACUUUACCGUCGCGUCGAAGCAGGAGAUCUUGGACUCAGAAAUCGGUGUUGCCAGCCUGUUCUUCGAGAAAGUCUUCGGUACUGGUGGUGCUUCUCGCGCACUGAACUUUCUUAUCUGUCUCAGUGCGUUUGGGAAUUUGCUGGCCGUGCUGAUCGGACAGUCUCGUAUGCUUCGCGAGUGUGGCAGACAAGGCGUCCUCCCCUUCACCCGGUUCUGGACAUCCACACGUCCCUUCGGCACUCCUUUGGGCCCAUAUACCCUGAAAUGGGGCCUCACGGUGAUCAUGAUCCUGGCUCCUCCAGCCGGCGAUGCCUUUAACUUCGUCGUCGACCUAAGCAUGUACCCCUCCAACCUCUUCAACUUCCUCCUCGCCAUCGGCCUCAUCUUCACCCGCUACUACCGCAAACGCCUCAACUUCCCCAAAUCGGGCUACAGCGCCUGGCACGUCGUCGUCGGUUUCGCCAUCAUCUCGAAUCUCUACUUGCUUGUUGCGCCGUGGUAUCCGCCCGACGGGGGCGCUACCGGUGGUGAUGUUAGUUUUUGGUAUGGGACUUAUUUGGUUGUGGGGUUGGCUAUUAUCGGAGCCUGCGGCGCGUACUACUGGAUCUAUAUCAAGUUAUUGCCGCGGUUCGGGGGAUAUGAGUUCCGGCAAACGAUACUGAAGAUGGAUGGCGGUGCGGUGGCGCAUAAGUUGGUGAAGAUACCCCGAGAGCAGGUGGCCAGUUGGGAUGCUGAGCAUGAUGCUGCGGGGAGAGUUAGGAGGAGAAGGGGGGAGGUGGGGGAGGUGGGGGAGGUUGUUGUGGGGGUUGAGAAGUAG